CGGGAAGGGGCGGCUGGCGCGGCCGGGCACCCGGAACCAGCUGAGCGCCGCGGGCCUCUCUCUCCACGUUCUUCCCCGCAGGCUGUGCUGCGCCGGGAGCCGCCCGCCAUGUCAACGGUGGCCGCCGCCAGCUGCGACGCCAAGGGCGCGGGGGAGCCGCAGGCGGAGAAGAAGCCGCUGAAGCCGUGCUGCGCCUGCCCCGAGACCAAGAAAGCGCGGGACGCCUGCAUCAUUGAGAAGGGCGAAGAAAAUUGUGGGCACCUAAUUGAAGCUCACAAAGAGUGUUUGAGAGCCCUGGGCUUCAAGAUAUGAGAUGAGCAGGACUGUGAAUGUGGUGAUGUCUGUGGUGUGACUGUGUUCUGGAGAGCUGCAAAAUAAAUUAUUUCUGCAAGUUACUUCACAGAGCAAAUAUAAAGAAUCUAUUUAUAAAGAGUUGUUAAUGAUAGACUGUGCAUCACAUCUGUGGCUUUUCCACUGUUAGCUCUUGAUCACUGCUAUAGAAAAUAUAUUUUUUCCUCUUAAUAAAAGUCUGAAAAUGA